CAAAUUACACUUUGUUGUCAAAAUUAAUAGAGAAUUUGCUACAUUCUUCAUUUCGUAGUAAUAUUAACAAAAUAAAUGGAUCUUCAACACAAUAUAUGCGCCACUUGUUUAAGCAACGAUCGAGUUCUAACGCCAUUGUCGAAAAUAUCUUCAAUAAUACGAGAAAUUCAUUUGAAUGAGUCUUAUACACGAGAAAACUUCAUUUGUUGGGAGUGUAACAGCAUGAUAAAGAAGUUUUAUAACUUCAAAGUCCGUUGCAAGCAAGCUGAACUGGCUCUCGGUAAUUACAGCAAGAAACUGAAGUCUCUAUCAACCCUCGCACAAUCAACAAAGACAUAUUAUGAUUACCAUUUUAACUACAACGAUCCUCUCACAGACUGUGAUUUGGAAAAAACUUUAAGCGAAAUCAAAAAUGAACCAGACAACACAGAUACGGAUACUAAAGACAAUAGCAAUGUGUACGUAGCAAAUAUAUUACCUAUAUCUAAUGUGGAUAAGGUUGAAAUUCAUAAAGAAGAUCUGAAUAACACAGAAGUAGCUAAAAGAAAAAGGAAAGGUACAAAAAUUGAUAAAACAAAUGAAGACAAAUUAGUGAAAGUUGAAGAUAUAGAGAGAGUAGAUACUAGUGUGGUUAAAAGAAGAAGGAAAGUAAGAAAAGAUACAAACUAUACAGACGACAGAGAAUACGUUGAAAAUAUUGAAACAGAUCAUUCAGAUACUGAUAUCGACAAAUUAAAAGUUAAUAAAGUUGAAAAUGGUAAAUUUGAUAACGAUUGCCAGAGUGAAGUUUUAGAGAAGUUUGAUCUAGUGGCAUUUACAGAGGAAGAGGUAAUAAGGAAUAGAGAGGAGAAGAGGAAUCAUCCGAAUUACAAGAAGUUACCGUUCAAAUGCGAUUUGUGUGUACUCGGGUUUACAAAGGAAGGAUAUUAUGUGCAGCAUGUUAAGAAAAAACAUGACGAGAGUAUAGGCAUCGACCUCUGUUCAGUCUGUGGCACUCGCUUCCCGACUCUACGGGCGAUGGAGCGGCACAAGCGCAAGCACUAUUCCUGCUAUCGGUGCAGAUUGUGCAAAUAUGUGACAUUGGAACUUUGGUCCGCCGUGAACCACUGUCGCGUGAAGCACUGCAACGAUACAGCGAAUAGUAUACACUGCGCGCAGUGCCGGCAUGUGUGCAGGACACCUGAAGAUCUAGCCGAGCAUGUAAGGUCUGAACAUUCGGUGCAUUGUAGCGACUGUGGGGAGAAGUUUAAAGGACCGCACUCGCUGCGAACGCAUCAAAGACGUAUACAUACGGUCAAAAGGGAGUUUACGUGUGACUUAUGCAAGAAAACAUUUAUGAAGAAAUCACGUUUCGAAACACAUAUGGUGUCCCACAACACUAGUAUAGCUAAAAAGCUAGCGUAUUGUAGUAUAUGUAAUGUGCAGUAUAAGAAUAUAUAUGUGUAUAGAAAUCAUUUGAAAAACAGCACUAAUCAUUCGGAGAGGGCAUACCCUUGUCCGGAGUGUAACAAGAAAUUCGCGUCGAAAGUUUAUCGGACGCAGCAUUACAACUUCUAUCAUCUCCAGAAAUCAUCAUACAAGUGUGAUAUUUGCAAUAAGCUCUUCAUAUCGGAAUGGCGUUUGAAGAAUCACAAGCAAACGAAACACGGCAUGAACCGGCCGCGGGACCAUUCCUGUAACGUUUGCGGGAAGAAAUUCUUUACGAGGUCGACGCUCCGCGGCCACCAGCUCACACACUCGGAGCAGCGCACAUACAUGUGUGAAGAUUGCGGCGACACGUUCCGGCAGCGGCCCGCUCUCUACACGCAUGCGCGACUCGUGCAUAAAUCUGUAAGGAGGAAAUAGUGCGCAACCAACAGAGAAAGGAAAAAGAGACUACCAUCCUCACACCCACUACAACUCAUGUAAGGAUCAGCAGUGGCAUUGUAUGAUACCGAGCGGUGAAGCUCGCCGAGUCUCAGGGAAAAAUAAUAUGUCAUUAUCCCGCAACGAAAUUAAUCAUAUAGAAAUAUAGGGAGGAGUUAGAAAUAUAGAAAGGAAAGAGGUGGUACAUGUGUGAGUAGAUUUGUCAAGGCCCCAUGUAGUGGACAUGGGUGAACUCAUUGGCGUAUAUUCUAUAGACACGAACGUCCAUAUACACUAUUUGUCCAAAAUCUGAACGAACAUGGCAACCAAAACGUCAGUUAUAACCUAUUUAUUCACUUGAAAAACAAAUAACUUUACUUAUUUGACUAUUAGACUCAGUUCUUAUAUUAUGAGCGCCACUCCGUACAUAACCACCCGCUGUCAAUGUUAAAAUCAUGCUAACGUCAGAUGUACGGAUUGCAGUACAGUUGAGUCGAACACAAAGACUGUAUGGAACGUCAGAUCCAGUACGUAGUACAUAUAUACAGAUGGGUAGACUGCUCUACCAUGAAGAUGAUAUAUCGUACAAUUCUAUUGCUGUGUUCUAAUAGGUAGAUUCGGUGUAUAGAGAGCUAUUAUAGGAAAUGACUACUGACAAAAAAAAACACCAAUACCGAAGCUAACUGACUGUCUUUGAAGCCAAUGUGAUAUUCACAACCAAGUAUUGUAUAUCUAUAGCUAUUGUAUCAACAUAGCUCAGUGUUAUAAUUAUUGGAUUAUGUAAAUAAAUGCAUAAAUACAUCA